AUGCCGGCCAAUUGUAAAGUGGGCGUGUCCUCGUGUGUGACCACGCCCCUCUGUCAACACGCUGCCACCAUUCAUGUCAACUGCAUCACGGAGACUUUGUUUGUCAUCCAGAGAGCGGCGAUGGCGAGGAGGACUUCCACCAAAAAGUCCCUGAAAAGUCUCUUCUCCAGGAGCGAACCCAACCUGGACGAGUCGACGACGGACAAGACGAAGAAGCCAGACGACAAAAAGCGGUUCAAGUUGCCAAAGUUGAGGAUAAAGUCGAUAGGGAGCCCCUCGUCCUUCAAGGCAUCGGGCAAAAAGCAGCAUGUGCUCAGUGCUGCUGAACCAAUUAACAGUCCGGCAGAUGGACCUGGCUGGGAUAACAAUAUCUCUGACAAGACAAGCUCUUCCAUCUAUGCCACCGCACCAAGGUCAAAGACCCAAGAAUUGAGCUACUCCGAGACAGAUCUCAGUAAGCCCAAAAGGUUUGCCACCUUUUCCUUCGGCCUUCUCAAAAAGAGGAAAAAGAAGAAAGAAGAGAAUAUAUCCAGGAGCUCUUUUGGCCUCCACAGCCCUGACGUCGAAGACUACGAUGAGAACCAUGCAGAAUUCAGUCAGGUGGAUGAGGAUCAGGCCAGAAGAAAUGCAAAGCUCAGCAUGUCCCAGCCGGUGCUCGACACCUGUGAUUCCUUCGACAUCCCUUCUCCUCCUUCUAUCCAUUCAAAGCUGUUAGAAUCCUACUUUGCUGCCUCUAACCGGACCCCUGUCACUCACACGGCCAUAGUAGAACCUCGAGAGCCUCUAACAAGCGACUCAGACUUUCUUCUGCAUCAUAAGGCUGAAACGGCACCGAUUGCAACAAUUCCUGAGAUGCAGCAAGAUGACAAAGUUCCUUCAGAGGAUAAAGACAACGUUCUUGUCAAUGACAACCAAUCUGAAUCAGUCUACGAAUCGGUGUGGGUAGAUUCUGUUUCUCCAUCUGAAGAAACAGUCCCAAAGCAGGAUCAGACUGAAUUGUCUUGCUCAGAUUACAAAGCAGUGAACAUCAACUCAUCUGCUACACACUUUGAAGAUCAGUCUGGAAACAGCAACGUAUCGAUCGCAGAACCCAUCAGUGCACCUCUUUCUUAUGAAGCAGAUGCCCCAGACGCACCUUUUGGUCAAACUCCAAAAAGUCAACCCUCCUUGGCUUAUACUGACAGGGAUGUUCCUCUGCUGGCAGAGCCUGUUGCUUACACAGAACCUGUAAUGGUACAACAAGAGGACUUAUUUCCUCACACUGAGAAAUCCAUUCCUGACUUUGCAGAAAAGGUCACAAAGCCGUCGGCUGAUGAAAAGCUUGAUCUCCCUGUCAACCGAGAUGCAGUUUAUGGAGCUUUGUACGAGUCAUUGUUCCCACAAAGUUUCACCUCUGAGAUUAUGUUUUCUCUACCGACCAAUCAUGUUGAAACCUCCCCUGGUACAAGAACAUUUAAAUCGGAACAAGUUAUGAUUGAAACCCAAAGAGAUGAACAUUACCCCAGGCUGUCAACUUCAAGUGUCACCGAUAGAAUAGAUAAUGCGAUCACGGUUUUCAAUGAGCCGUUCUCCCGCCAGAGGUUUUCCUCUUACAAUACCCCUACAGCCUCCGAGGCUCAAAUGACCACAAAUAUCCCCCACAGCUCUUCCUCUUCUUAUUCCUAUUCGGAAGUAGUUGACAACAACCCUUAUCCAGUCCACAUCCAUGCAGACAUCAACUCAAUCAGCUUCAGUCCUUUUGAAGACAAACUUUUUGCUUCAAACUCUGCCCCUCCUGUUUCUGACCAAGUAUCAUCCCAAGGGACAGACACUCAGGUUACCGACUCACUAGGAAGGGCGAUUCUAGUCAAAGAAAUAGUCUCCAACAGGAAUAGCGCAGACUCUGGUCCUUCCUCAUCGAUGUCAAAUGACAUGACCACAGAGAAAGGUCUUAGAAAGAAAAUGGACACAGCAGAUAGUCCUCCUGAACUCACAGAGGGUUAUACUGUUCCUAGCAGCCCCGUGUAUCUGAGCGUUGGAUCGGAUGUUGGGAGUGCCAUGGACAUUUAUUACAGCGCAGAGGAGGACAGCUUGGACAGUUUGGAUGAGCAGACGUACAUUAUGGAUAGAAUAGAAGAACGUUUUCUGGGACCCUCAAGAGUCACUAAAUUUGAGGAGUACCCACUGGAGAAGGAGACCGAAAGGACCAGGGAUAAUGUGGAGCUACAUGGGGGAAACAAGGAGACGGAAGAGGUUUGUGAUCUCCAGGUUGAUAUGCAUCAAUUACUAAUAAUCCAGAGGGAUGAAUUUCAAGUGCCAGAAACAGGUGGAACCGAGUUUUUUAAAGCUAAAGACGAAAGUAUUGAGGGGACACAGUUUGCUGCCAAAGCACUGCCGCCGAUAAAAGAAGAGGAGUUACUGGUCCAUCCGGUUCUGCAGGUGAAAACACAGAUGGUAUGUGAGUUUGCUGCACCCUCCAGUCACCCGCAGGGGGAGGGGACUCGUGGAAACUGGAUCGAGGUCAUUGACACAGCAGGGACGAAGCCCCCAAGUCGGGACUUACAGUAUCUGCCAGAUAAAGAUAUGCAAAGUAAGAAUGUAUUUAGGACCGACGUGAACGAGGAAGACUUAAGGACAUCUGAAUUUAAAGAGAAAGAAGAAAGACUUUCACCAACCGUUGAAAAAAAGACCCCCGAUACCACACGUGUGGAAAGAGCCAUCACAGAGAUCUUCAUCACGAGCACGUUGAUGCACAAUGCUGAGCUGCAAUCAGCAGCCAUUGCAGUCGAGCACAAAAGGGCUCAACAGGAGCGCGAGUGGGUGGAUACCAUUUCUGAGAGCGCAGAGGGAAACUUGGCAAGGCAAGAACAGGUGGCAGUAGAGCUGUCAGACCUCAAAGCUAACACACACCCGCCUGAUAGGGAAGCUCCAGAGACUCUUUUGGAGAGACGGCAGCAUCCGCCAGACGUCCCGGCUGAUCUCAAACAAAGGUGCCUCGCAGCCGCCUCGGAAACCUCUACUUCCGAAGAACCCAAGACAAACGCCGACCAAGAAUCCGAUGACAAAAUGAAUACAGGCUACAGCAGCCUGAGCACCACACUCUCCAUGAGAAAUGUGCCUCCAGAUCAACUUAACGAAUCUCGUUACGGAAUCCGUAAAGUAUCCCUGGUGCGUGAGACUGGCAAUGCCGCCACACAGGGUAGUGUGGACUUCAACAGAGCAGAGUCAAAUGGGACAAGUCUUGGCUCAGAGUAUGACUGGAAGAAUUCAACUGAUAGUGCCUCCAGAUAUGCAUCUAAAAGAGAAGAACCAUUUGACACUCUGAAAUACAGACUGUCUGACACCUCCUCCAGCAUCUACUCCUCCUCUGUCUUCCCUGAGGCCACGUCAUACAGCUACACUGGCAGCAAAACUCAGAGCGAGCUGGCCAGAGAGCCGGAAGGUGACUGGGGGCGGAGCUCUUUGAGACGGGAGGAGUCUUCUGCAGCUGCAGACGACCCAGACGCAUCCUGUUUUACUGGAGUCUUUAAGGCCACGCUCGUGGAGCUCGACGACCCGGCGGCCUCCUACACGCCCCCGGCCUCCCCCGACACAGACGCAUCCCACCAGUACGACAUGGAGACCCUGAAGGACACGCUGAAGAGCAUGGGGCCCCAGCUGAGGCCGAGGGGCAUGAGUAUGCGGGGACCGCCGCCGGUCCUCCAUUCCGCUCUGCCCCCGAUUGGCGAAGAGGUCCCCAGCCCCGUCACCUCUGACGUCUCCAGUCCCACGAAUAAGAUGCAGGCCGGCACAACUGCUGAGGCCCUCAAUGGAAUUUACACUCUACCUCCUAACCUGGGCCUGAAGAAAAGCUCCACUAGAGACACACGAUCACCAAUGGAGUUAAUGAAGAAGGAUCUGCCUGGGACGAGAGCCGCGCCCAUCAGCCCCAACCGAGCAUCAGCCACCAGAAGUGUUGUCAUGAGGCAAUCCUCCAACACUUCCGACGAUUCCAACGGACAAUCUGCAGGCUCUCGCCUGGACACCAGCGUCAUCUUCGCCAAUUACCGCUCUUCCUCUAUGGAUCACCAACAGGAAAACGGCAAAGUCCAUCAACCAGUGGCCCGCACCGGUUCCAUGCCAAGUUUUGGCUCGUCCAGUCUACUUAAGGAGCUCAGUGAAGUCAACACCACAACAGACUCACCGGGUUCUCGCUUUGAACGCGUAUCUUUCCUCAUGAGCUCCACACCCUCGUCAGGCUUCUCGGCUGGAGCUGAUGACCUCAGCAGUCGCUUGGGUCGGCCAUCGCUGCAAAGCAGCACCACGCCACCUUCCAGCAGCCUCAUCAGCCCCUCCACUUCCUUGGAACAUCACAGGUUGUUCCCCACCACAGAGUCCUCCGUAUCUAAGUUUGGGCAGACUUUGGGUCAGGGGAUGGGACCCAAUGCACUGGGCACCCAGGCACUGAGCACCCAUGCACUGAGCACCCAUGCACUGGGCACCCAUGCACUGAGCACCCAUGCACUGGGCACCCAUGCACUGAGCACCCAUGCACUGAGCACCCAUGUACUGAGCACCCCUACUCUGCAGAGGAGCUUCAGUCAGGAUUCCAUCCCAGUGGGCACCCAGAAGAACUUGCCGACCCAAAACAACCUGUCCAGGGGGUCUCAAGUCCAGGCACCUGAGCCAGAGAGGCACGUAAAAUACAGAGCCUUCCCAGAUGCCUAUCUCACCAAAGAAAAGGAACAUGGCAAGCUCAACCCUCGACCCGGAAAGAUGUAUAUUUUCGACCGGCCUGGCUUGUGUGGCCAGAGGAUCGAGCUGCAUAGCGAUGUUGUGGACGCUACAUCUUGGGACCUGCAGGAGACCAUCUCCAUCAGGGUGGUCAGAGGAGGCUGGGUGUUGUACGAGAAGCGUAACUUUAAAGGGGAGAAGAUCGCCCUGGAUGAGGGCGACAUAGAGCUCACGUGCCCCUUCAAUCCCCCCGAGGAGGAGCAGGUGAAUGGAGAGAAGCAGCAGAACGGGGAGCAGAAGGACGAAACCAGUGAGGAGCAGACGGAAGCGAAGCCGGCCAAGAAGUUCAUCAUCGGGUCUGUUCGAAGAGCUGUGAGGGACUACAGCGUGCCGGAAAUCAGCCUCUUCCCAGACGUGAACGCAGAAGGCAAGAAGGUGAUCUUUCGAGAUACGUCUGAAGAUGCGAGAAUUUUUGGUUUCCCCAUCAAGGCCAACUCCAUCAUCAUAAACGCCGGACUAUGGCUUGUAUUCGCCAAGCCCUUCUUUGAGGGGGUGCCGCGCGUCCUGGAGGUCGGGGGGUAUUCCAAUCCUGAAGCGUGGGGCGUGGAACAGCCCUAUGUGGGGUCAUUGCAUCCGCUCAAAGUCGGUGAGCCCAGGGUGGAAAAUAUCAGCGAACCAAAGAUCGAGAUCUUCGAAAGGUCGUACUUCACCGGCAGAUCAAGGGUCAUCACCGCCAACAUGAAAGAUUUCAUGACCCGACUGGACAAGCAUCAGAGUGCCUUCAUGUACACGACGGGGUCCCUCAAAGUACACGGAGGAAUCUGGGUGGGCUAUGAGAAGGAGGGCUUCAGGGGGAACCAGUACUUGCUGGAGGAGGGCGAGUACCACGACUGGAGGGUGUGGGGAGGCUCCAACCCCGAGCUGCGCUCCGUUAGGGUCAUACAAGCUGACCUGAGCGAGCCCUUAAUGGUGAUGUUCGAGCAGCCGGAGGAAGAGCAGGGUGCCGGCGAGCAGGAGGAGAACACCUUCGAGGUGACGGAGGCCAUCCCGGACGUGGAGCUGUUUGGCUACAAGUCCAACACCCGUUCCAUCCAAGUCUACAGCGGGGCGUGGGUGGCCUACUCCCAUGUGGACUUCUCCGGUAGCCAGUACAUCCUGGAGAAAGGCUUCUAUAGUAAUUCUGCCGACUGGGGUUCUCCGGACACUCGCAUCUGCUCCGUGCAGCCAAUUCAGCUGGCUCCAACUGAUGGUAACAGGACCAGGAAAGAGAUACUAUUGUACUCCGAGCCGGACUACAAGGGCGACUGUCUUGUCUUCAGCUACAAACAGGAUGCGGAAACGGAAAACUUCCAGACCAAGUCGUGCAGAGUGGUGGGAGGGAGCUGGGUUGUGUAUGAGAAUAAAGACUACAGCGGGGUCAUGUAUGUCCUAUCAGAAGGGGGCUACACCUCGUUAGCGAGCAUGGGCUGCACAUCCAGCACCUUCAUCCGCUCCGUCAAGGCCGUGCCAAUGACCUUCUCAGUCCCCUCCAUCUCGCUGUUUGGCCUGGAGGGUCUGGAGGGGAGGGAGAUCUCCACAGACUCGGAGCUCCUCAGCAUGGUGGGAGAAGGCUUCAAUGAUCACAUCCUGUCCGUCAGAGUCAACAGUGGCUGGUGGGUGCUAUGUGAGUUCAGCAACUACAGGGGGCGUCAAUUCCUCUUGGAACCGAUCGAAAUUACCAACUGGCCCAAGUUCAGCUCCCUGCAGACCGUGGGCUCCAUGUAUCCUGUCAAACAGAAGCGGCAGUUUUUCCACAUCAAAAAUGUGGACAGCGGCCACUUCAUGUCCAUCCAGGGAGGCGUGGAGGAGAUGAAAUCUGGACGGGUGGUGGUCUUGCCGGAAGCGGAGCCCAUGAGUGACAUCUGGUUCUAUCAGGAUGGAUUGAUCAAAAAUAAGAUGUCCUCAGUAAUGAGCCUCCAGGUGAUAGGCACGAUUGAACAAGGAGCCAAGUUGGUUUUAUGGAACGAUACACGGCAGCGUCCUCAGACCUGGGUGGCCCAAAUGAGAGGCCCCAUCACCAGCAUCACUUUCCCUGGCAUGGUCAUGGAUGUUAAAGGCGGAAAUACCUACGACAAGGACUAUGUUGUGAUUAUGCCCGAGGGUGAGAGGCAAAGCCAAAAUUGGGAGAUCGUACUGCUGAAUUAAAACCCUCCCAAAUAUGCUGCUCACCUGUAUCCUGACAACGCUUCGUAUCCUUCGCCCUGGUCUUAUUAUUAGGAACCAGGAGCCAUCGCUCGCGUACCUGCCUUAAACAUUUAACCCAAUGUGAAAGUCCAUAACUAUUUUUUAUAGUAAUAUAUGCAUCAUGUGUGAGGACACGCCCUGAAAUUCCUCCUUUGUAUUUACUUUGACCUGCAGAAAUAUAAUCAGACUUACUUACUUUGAUGCUUGCAGUUUACAAACCGUACACAUAUUUAAGUUGCCGACUAACGCUUGAAUGGGUGGAUAAAUAAAGCCAAAGAAUGUACGGUAUAUGCAAAAAAAAUAAAAAUUAAGCUAUUUUUAUAUACAUAUUGUAUGUUUUUCUCGUUGCAGUAUUGCAUGGGAAGUGUAUGACCAGUUUCUAUCAAGUGUUAAAAAUAAAGUGUAUGUCAUUGUUUGAUAUGUAAUAAUAAUAUAUGUAGAGGGUGUGGUUUUAAAAGUGCCUAAUAAAAAAAUAUGUCAA